AGAUGAGAAAAGAAUCGAGUAAGAAAAGCAAGAAAAAGGCCUUUCCUUGCAAUAGUGGCCAGCAGCAUGAACAUAGUGGUCAUCAUGAUCUAAGCCAAGGCAAGGGCAACUUGCUUUAAAAUGUAUUCAUUUCUCAAAACCCCAACCCCACGUUGUUUUGAGUCUCUUAAUUUUCCUGUAGCUCUUCAACUUUUCAUAUUCAUAGUUUCCGGAUAAAUGGCACAGAAGGUGGUUCUACAGAUGAUGACCAUGAAUGAUGAAAAGACAAAGCAGAAAGCUAUCGAGGCUGUUGCUAAUAUUUACGGGGUUGACUCAAUUGCCGCUGAUUUGAAGGAGCAGAGGUUGACCGUCAUUGGAGAAAUGGAUACAGUUGCAAUUGCGAAGAAGCUAAAGAAAAUAGGAAAAAUAGAUAUAAUCUCAGUUGGCCCAUCCGAACAGGAGAAGAAAGAUGAUAAGAAAUGAUUCUAAGUAAUUGUCGGCUGGCUUACCUUAUAAUUACCUAUUUUGUAUAGAUAUUCAUAUUUUGCAAUGGUAUUCUAAGCAGUAGUUAUAUGUAGUCAUUCGGACAUUGAAGAAGGUCUUGCAGCUCUUUUCAUUGGAGUGUGCUGGUGAUUAAGAGUGAUUAAAUAAUGGCGGUGCAAUUAUCGUUGUCCUCUUCGAAAGAGAUGAAAACGAUUAAAUUAAUGGUCUUUGUCAUUGUCAGUUGCCUAGUAACAACCCAACACCAGGGGUUCGUUCUCACCAUCUUCAACCUAUGAAAAGGCAUGUUUCAGAUGGAAACAGAUGAUGAG